AUAAAAUUGCAGCGGCAGGAACGAUUAUGUUAGCAGUUGGGUGUUGCCUCCUUAUACUAAACUACCACAUUAUAGUAAGGACCAGUCGAAGCAGCCAACAUGACCCUGGAACAGCCAGCCGGUGAGAUGUGGCAGAAGAUCCGCGAGGAGCUGAACGAGAAAGUGGAUACCAGGGACCAGGACCUUGCGCACAUCAAGGAGUGGCUGAAGAAGGAGCCCCAUCUACCUGAUGAAUUUGACGACCAGCGUAUCCUGACCUUCCUCCGCGGCUGCAAGUUCUCCCUGGAGAAGACCAAGCGCAAACUGGACAUGUACUUCACCAUGCGUACUGCGGUGCCUGAGUUUUUCACUGACCGUGACGCCACCAGGCCUGAGCUACAGGAGAUCUUGAAUAUUGUGCAAAUGCCUCCUCUGCCAGGACUCACGCCUGAAGGUCGUCGUGUCAUUCUCAUGAGAGGUCUCGACAAAGACGUCCAGACCCCCAACGUAGCGGAUGCCUUCAAACUGGCCCUGAUGCUGGGAGACGUGCGUCUGGUCGAAGAGAAGGAGGGCGUGGCUGGUGACGUCUACAUCCUGGACGCGUCGGUGGCGACACCUACACACUUCGCCAAGUUCACCCCCACUUUGGUCAAGAAGUUCCUUGUCUGUGUACAGGAAGCCUACCCAGUGAAACUAAAGGAGGUGCACGUCAUCAACGUCUCCCCUCUCGUAGACAAGAUCGUCAACUUCGUCAAACCCUUCAUCAAGGAAAAGAUCAGAGACAGAAUCUUCCUCCACACUGACACGAAUGAUCUCUACAAAUACGUGCCCAAGGAAAUGCUGCCAGCCGAGUACGGCGGCAAUGCUGGCCCCAUGAAUGACCUGCACAACGCCUGGGUCAAGAAACUAGAAGAGUACAAGGACUGGUUCGCCGAGCACGAGAACAUCAAAGCCAACGAGGCCCUCAGGCCAGGCAAGCCGACCAACUACGACGAGCUGUUCGGAAUCGACGGUUCCUUCCGUCAGUUAGUCAUAGACUAAAUAGGUGUAGAAGCGAUGGUGCUUACUGAAGAUCAAAAACUCAACGGAUUUUUUUUUGCUGCAGCGACAAAAGCUGUAUUAUUUGCAACAGUAGCUUUAAGAAACUUGAUUUUUGAUGCAUCAAGAGUGAAAGAGAUAAGCUCAGAGUUGUGUCUCUUUCUCACAUGCUUCAAUAGAAGGAACUUCUGCUUCUGUUAUCAUAUAAAAUUGCUGCAUAUUCAAAAACAAUUACAAUAAAUUUCAUUUGUUUAAACAAUUUGUCUAAUGUAUUGCAAUCAAAUUGCAGAGAAAAUAAUGUUAAAGCAAAGUACAUAGCAUGUUUCUGUAUAGAAAAGAAUGAUUAAGAAUUAAAACUCUGGUAUAACCGGAUCGUUAGAUAGCAAAGGUUAGACUUUAAACUCUUUUCAGAAAUGUAUGGUUCAGAUUAUCGUAUCAAGCAGUUCAUCAUUGAUCUCAUAUCUUUAGCUCUCUAUUCUUCCUUCAAAAAACAGAAUUUAGUAAAAAAAUGUGUUUAGAUUAUCACCCAGUGUUGUGACCAAAAUAUUGAAUACCGCGUGUAAUUUUUAUUAAAAUCGUUGGAUUGAGUUUUUACCUACCUUGGUUUUAAUAAUGCACGCCACGUCCCAGUAUCCAGAAAAUUAGGCAGUUUAUAUUGUGUGCAAAUAUAUUAGAUGUCGCAUCUGUUAAUAAUGUAGUCUAUGUUUUACAUUAUUACAUAUCGCAUGUAAUAAUUAUUGCUACUUUAUUUAAACUACCUAGGUAAAAUAGCAUUCAGUUAAGUCGACUAUUUACUACAGUUUUAAG